GCAACAACCAACUGGGAGCUUGAGUGCUGAAGAGUGAAACAGUUCUGCUAGCGAUUCUGAUCAUCUAGUACGAUUCUUGUGAUGCAUCGGCCGGUGCUCGAACCGGUGAAGGAUGUCCUUGGAUCGCCAUGAGACAGAACAUUCUGAAGAUCCUGUCCAUCCUCUGUUGCACGGUGCAUUUGUACACUGGACAAUUGAUUCGUGACGUACGAUGCUUCCUGGAGAACGGUGCCACUGCCGCGCAUCUCUUCGUCAACGAAGAUUUGCCGGUCGGUGACACUGUGGGUGUCCUGGGAGUACUGGGUGAUCCUGGACCGCAAGGAGAUAUCGAGCUCAGGCUGCAGGAACACGACAGCCCUGUAGCGUUUUCAGCAUUUUCAAAAAACUUGACUUUAGUCAGACCUCUUGAUAAAGAAGGCGUUGAUGGACCUGCCAGCGUUUAUGUGAACGUAAUCUGCGAAAGGAAACAUACAUUAGAUCCCGGUUUCGUGAUACCAGUCAAUAUUCGCGUGACAGACGCAAAUGAUAAUGCACCUCAGUUCGUGAACGCUCCCUAUGUACUGAAUAUUUCAGAGGUCACGGUAGUUGGUACAAGAGUUCUCCAAGGAGUACGUGCUGUAGAUGCCGAUCAACCAGGACCUUUUUCGACUGUACAGUAUGCUGUUCUACCAGGUCCACAUUCGGACUAUUUCGUGUUCGUGAACGCUUUGGAGGGAACCCUCGUGCUGAGAAAACCGCUGGACUAUGAAUUUCUUUCAAAUUUCUCUGUUGACAUCCGUGCACAGGAUCAAGGCAACCCUCCUAAAUCAUCAACGACCACGCUUUAUGUGAACGUCAUUGACGCGGAUGACCAAAAUCCUGCCUUUGAAACGGACCAAUAUAAAAUUGUCAUACCUAGGCAUAUAAAAUCGAGAAGAAUACUGAAGGUUGAGCCAGCUCCCAUAAAAGCUGCGGAUCAGGAUGCCGGGAUCAAUGCUCCAGUCAAAUACACAAUUCAAGGUGGAAUCCUGCCAUUUCUUACACUAAAUCCUGAAACAGCCGAGGUCACGAUAACACGGCCAUUAUAUGAACAUGAGUUGCUAUCUCCAGCAACAAUUGUUGUUAAGGCUACGCAAAUAGACAAUCCAGACAAAUACGCUCUGUCUACCAUAGUUGUUUCUCGUGAGAGCGAAUGGAACGUAGAACCUACUGCUGGUGGAAGAUUACCUGUGAAGUUUAUAAAACGAGAUCACCAAACGAACAUUCCAGAGAACACUCCUCCAGGAAGUGUUCUAUUAACAACUGCAGUAAAUAAAGUAGAUUCUAACUUGCGGUUUUGGCUUGAAGGAGCAGUAGAAGAUUUGGAGAGGUUCUCCAUCACUAAUUCUGGAGAACUGAUUUUAAAAGGGACUUUAGAUUAUGAGAGAAGGAUACAGCACAGCUUCUUAGUUCGAGUCACCGAUGGUCAUCAUAACGAUACUUCACGGGUCAACGUCUCGGUGGAAGACGUAAAUGAAUGGGAACCCCGAUUUCGUCAUCCCAGAUAUGAAUUUCACGCUGCAACCUUGAGAGAGGGAUCUAUUGUCGGAAAACUGGAAGCAGCCGAUGGCGACAGAGACGAUAAAGUCAGUCUUUCUCUCAGGGGUCCUGAUGCAAGGUCUUUCGAAAUACGCGACAAUGGAGAACUGAUUCUCAGAUCAGCAGCGACUAUCAAUGGUUCCUUGGCUCGAUUAGUGGCUGUGGCCUCCGAUUCGGGCCGUCCUCCCAGAUCAAGUAUGAUCCCGGUGAUCGUGCAUAUACCGAGCAGUGGCUCGGUGCCAAUCGCUGCUAGAGCUGCACCUGCUUGGUUGGGCAGCAGCGUCCUUCUGGUAGCCGUUUUCGGUGCAGUCUUGGGACUCCUCGGUGUUAUUAUACUCGUCUUGAUUCUGUACAUAUAUAAACAUAAAAGACCAAAGACCAGUGGCUCUGUGAGUUCUGUAGGCACCGGUUACCGUGAAAAAUCACCGGUUCCUUCGGCUCUGAGUCCUACUCCUCAAGUUCUUGGGGCGAACAUGCUACAGGACAGUCUAGAUAUACCGCGAAGAGGACACCGCAACGAGACCGUCCAAAGCAUCGACGAGCACGACGAGGCCGAUGCUGGUGACGAUCCAGAGGAUGACAAUCACGUUGAUCAGGAAAUCGUUGACGACAGCAACAACGGUGAAAUUCAGGAGACAACCGACAGAAAUGAUGUUGAGAAUCCAGUUUUUGGAGCAAGGAACUAUAAUGCCACCGUUAAAAGUUUAACCUCGGCUAGACAAAUGCCUCUUUACGCGAGACACAAGGUUGCUCCAGCUCCAACUCCUCCGGGAUUAUCGGCAACAACCAACAUCCCAAACAUCGGUGGUCUUGUCCAGAAUAUGAAUGAUUUGAGCGCAAAGACUAACGUAAACGUUAGUUCAAGAGAAUCUUCCAGUUAUUCUGUCGAUCUUCCAGAUUCUUUAGUACCUGCCUGGCCCGCCUGUUCCGUUUCACAAAGAGUGAAGAAAUUGUCCUGGGACGACGACGACAGGACAGUGGACAGCGUCGAAGUAGCGGCUGAAACGAAGAGCAGAAAUAGCCAAAUCGGAAACGAACGACUCAAUCUCACCGUCUACUUUUAAUCGCGACCAAAAUUGAAA